AUGAACCUAAAUCAAAAAUCAACGCAGCAGACCGUCUCGCCAGGUUCAAUCACCCAGCAGGGCACUUCCGCCGUGAUCUCAGCUCCACCCAUUGGCUCUCCAGUUCAAGGCUUUCUUCGUUCUAAUGAUUCCCCUUCGCAAAGUGAUGCCGCAUCUAUCGGCGGUAGGUCGAUGCGCAGCGUGCGAAGUGCCCUCGAGGACAUCAAACACGAGGUCAUGGUAAACCAUCUCUAUCAGCAACAGUGUUCGCGGCUUUGGGUCAGCGACGGGAGCGGAGACAUCGAAGGGGUGGUGCUACGAAAAUCUCGUGGCAUCUACCUAUCUUGUCCACAAACACUUCGAAAUUCACAUUUUGGGCAAUUUUGUGCCGAGCUCAAUGUGCAGGUUGCCAUGACCGUGAACUCGAGAGUCAUCAAAACGUUCUUGGCUUGGGCUCCUGAUGCCACAGACGUCCCUCUAACGAACGGCCUCCGAGUUCAGAUCCUACCCACGAUUGCUCACCUGCCCCGUGCGCGAAAAUAUCAAUUCGCUGCCUUUAUUGCUUCUGACUCCUUGUUGGUGGUAUGGGACGAUGACCCUUCAAAUGUGAUGAAGAGAGCAGCCUCCAUCGAGUCCGAGUUGAUGGAGCUGGUCUGGCACACCGGCGAGGCUGGGAAUGAGGAGGAUGUCACCAAUGAAAAGAAUGGAGCUUCUGCAGCCUCUGUCGAUUCCGAGUCCGGAGAGCUGUCGACCCAGGACCGUCCCACCAAUCUGAUGAACACGAUAUUAGUCGCGUUUACACUAAUCAUUGUUGUCACAUUGCUUGGCCUGGCAUGUCGGUCUUUGGCUACUGAGGUUGCCGUCGAUGGCUCAUACCUUCGUCUUGCUUUUAUCUUCUUGGUUCCCGUACAGAUCUUCUUUACUUUGUUCUUCGCCCAAGUUAUCGUCGGAUGUGUUGCACAAUGCAUUGGACCUAUACAGCAGAUGCAAAUGAACUCAAAGUACUUCUCAGCAAAAUGCUCUCCUCGCUUGCGCACGCCAACCUUGCCGCAUGUCACGGUUCAGUGUCCUGUCUACAAGGAAGGACUUGCGUCCGUGAUUGCGCCAACGGUCAAAUCUAUCAAGCAAGCCAUCUCCACGUACGAAUUGCAGGGCGGUACAGCAAACAUGUUCAUCAACGAUGACGGCCUGCAGAUCAUCGACGAAGACCAACGGAAGGCACGGAUUGACUUCUACCAGGACCACAAUAUUGGCUGGACUGCUCGUCCGAAACACGGCAGCGAAGGCUUCGUUCGCAAGGGCAAAUUCAAAAAGGCCUCCAACAUGAACUAUGGGUUGAUGCUGUCCUGCAAAGUCGAGGACAAGCUUCACAGAUAUCACCGCAAUUCUGCCUGGACUCCGAACGACGAGUCCGAAGCCUACGAUCAAUGUUUGCGGGAAGUGCUCGAGGAAACCCCACGCGCUUGGGCUGAUGGGAACAUUCGGGUGGGAGACUAUAUCUUAUUGAUCGACAGUGAUACCAGAGUGCCCGCAGACUGCUUACUGGAUGCCGUGAGUGAGAUGGAACAGUCUCCGAAUGUCGGCAUCAUGCAAUUUGCGUCCGGCGUCAUGCAGGUCGUGCACACGUUUUUCGAAAACGGCAUCACCUUCUUCACCAACCUCAUCUACACCGCCAUCGAAUACACGGUUGCCAAUGGUGACGUCGCACCUUUUGUGGGCCACAAUGCCAUCCUCCGUUGGAGUGCUAUCCAACAGGUCUCGUACACCGAUGAAGACGGCUACGAGAAAUUCUGGUCCGAGUCGCACGUCAGCGAAGACUUCGACAUGUCCUUGCGGCUCCAAUGCGACGGCUACAUCAUCAGACUAGCCUCCUGGGCCCAUGGCGGCUUCAAGGAGGGCGUGAGUUUGACCGUGUAUGACGAACUUGCUCGAUGGGAAAAGUACGCCUACGGAUGCAACGAGCUUCUCUUCCAUCCGAUGAGGAAGUGGAUCUACAAGGGGCCCUUUACCGAACUUUUCCGCCGGUUCCUCUUCUCCAACAUCCGCUUCACCUCCAAGAUCACCAUCAUCAGCUAUAUCGGCACGUACUACGCCAUUGGAGCCGCCUGGAUCAUGACACUGGCCAACUACUUUGCCAUCGGCUGGUUUAAUGGGUAUUUGGACAAGUACUACAUUGACAGCUGGAAAGUGUGGUUCAGCAUCGUGAUCGUCUUCAACGGCCUGGGCAACAUCGCCCUCGCCGUCAUGCGGUACCGCAUCGGGCAGAAAGCCUUCAUCCCAGCACUUGUGGAGAACUUCAAAUGGAUCGUCAUGCUCUCCAUCUUCCUGGGCGGCCUCUCGCUCCACGUCUCCCAGGCGCUGCUGGCGCACAUUUUCGAGGUCGACAUGACCUGGGGCGCCACCUCCAAGGAAGCAGAGUUCUCAAACUUCUUCAUCGAGGUGCCCAAGGUGGUGAGAAAGUUCAAGUUCAGCAUCGCCUUUGCGCUCGUCGGCAUCGUCGGCAUGAUCGUCCUGGCAACGAAUCCGGGAGGUUAUAUUCCGUACGACUGGGUGAUUGACGACUUCAUCGCCAUUUUGCCCAUGAGCACGGUCACCGCGAGCCAUCUCCUGUUACCCAUUGUGUUGAAUCCUGCGUUGAUGACGUUCUCGUGGUGA